AUGGUCGUGCUGAGCUUCACGAUCAGCGACGAUGGUGUGGGUGCGUUUCGCGAUGCUUUGAUCUGUCUCAGCAAGUUCAGUGACGAUGUGUCCCUCGAGGCACGCAAAGAUUCUUUCGUUCUGAGUACUCUCAAUAGCUCCAAGUCUGCCUACGCGAGCUUCAAAUUUGCGACCACCAAAUUCUUUUCACGGUACCAGUACCACGGUGGAGGACAGUUUCCCGAGCGCCGCUCUGGGUUGGAUAAUCAGCGUGAUGCCGACAAACAGACCAUCAUUGAUCGAUGUGACGUCGUUAUUGAGGACGGAGAAGGAAUUGAAAGCCGCUUCAUUUCCCGCAUCAUCUUCAAAAAUGGACUGACUUCUACCCACCGCCUGCCGUACGAGAUUGCGGUGCCAGUGCACGCCAAGUUCAACAAGCAAGACGCACCUCAUCAUUGGACCAUUUCAUCACGAACACUCCGGGAGCUGAUGGAGCAUUUCGGGCCCGGUGUCGAGUACCUAGACAUCAACACGGAGGGUGAUCACGUCAAGUUCACGUGUUUCAGUGAAAAGACUGUGAGCGAAGAUAUGGUUUUAAAGAAACCCCUCAGAACUACAAUUUCUCUGGAAAUCGAUGAGUUCGACGAUAUUGAUGUCGAGGAUGACCUCCACAUCGUCAUCACCGUCAAGGAUUUUCGCGCCAUCAUCCAGCACGCCGGAAUUACUGGUAACGACAUUUCCGCGCGUUAUUCUCUUCCUGCCUGCCCCAUUCAGCUCGCAUAUCUGGGAGAUUCUAUCUCGUGCGAAUUCCUCAUCAUGACGGUUGGCGAUCGCGGUGCCAACCCAGCCCAGAAGACCAAAAAGGGCCGUAAGAGUGCCCCGCCCAAGACUGUUGGGCCGCGACUGGAGGCCAUCUCUCGUAGAACGAGUGUCGCUCCAUCCGAACCGCCACAGCCACCGCAGAAUCAGCCAGAACCAGCUCCUCAACCUGCACCAACGGCAUCCUUGAGUGCCCGGCCACAACUGAGCACGGCGAGAGCUAGUGCCUCUCGCUCUGGUGUGUUCGAUUUGCGUCCAACUCAACAGCAGGCGCCCCCUCAGGCUACGAUGAUGUCAGAGAGCCUCUUUGUGGAUGACGAUGGAGGUUGGGAGCCUAUGAGAGAUGAGGAUGAGGACGAAGAGGAAGACAAUGCAAGGUUAGGAUGGGACCAUAGUGCUGAGCCAAAUCCCCCUUCAUUCCAUCUGAGUCGGCCACCGGAGCAGCAACAGCAGCAGCAGAAAGAACCAGAGGCUGAACCUGGGCUCGUGCCCACCGCCGACGACCGGGAAGCAAGUUUCGUUGAACCGACACAGAAGCUAUCUGAUGUUAAGAAUCUUGCCCUCUUCCCGGAUUAA